AUGCCGUUCGCCGUUCGAGAUGUUCUUCAGCAUAAACGUAACGAACGUCAAAUACGUGAAAUUCAUGAACGAGAAUACACGAAAUAUAUUGUCAAUCUACGUCAACAAUCAUUCCACUCGAAUCUUUCUCAUAUAUCACCUGAACACGUGCAAGAAAUCGAGCGUUCGAAAGUAAGAAAUUUGUUAAAUAAAAACGCUCAUUAUGAUCGCAUCCAACGUGAAAAUGAACUGUUAUCGAAACGAUUAUUCAACAAGAACAAUCAGGCAAUGAUCGACACUAGAAAUCAUACUUAUAAACAAAACUUGGAUAUAUUCAAUAAAAAACGUUUUCAACAACGUGUCAACGAAUAUCAGCGUAUCUACAAUGAAAAUCAGAUCCUAAAUCAACGACUUCACCGUGUCCGCGGACAACUCAUCAGUAAACAACAGUAUGACCAUGAAUGGCAACGACAUAUUAAUGUUAUGAAACAAAUGUGUGAUUAUCCUGAAAAUAUCGAUACAUUCGUAUCGAACAAGAAAAGCAAACAGAGAUCAUAUUCGUGCAAAUGGAAUCAACGAUUACAUAACAUGCAGCAGUCGUUAUAUGUAAGCGAACGUCCAUUAUCGAUCUUACUCGGAUUAGUCGACUAG